UAAAAACACCACACACCACCGAUUCUGAGUCUCUCGCCGCCGCACUCGCCUCAAUAUUCCCUUUACUUCUUCUCUCAGACUUAGCUUGAACGGACUCUCUUCCCUCUUUAACGUUCGACGUCUCUGACGGUCCAUUGGAGGAUGUCUCACACCUGCACCGCAGCCGAUCCUGCCGUAAGCGCCGAUGGUGAUGGUUCGGCCGGAGAGAUCAUGCUGUUUGGGGUUAGAGUCGUGGUGGAUUCCAUGAGGAAGAGCGUGAGUAUGAAUAAUCUCUCUCAGUACGAGCAUCCUCAGGAUGCCGCGAACAAUAAUAACGGCAACAAGGAAGAUGCUCUGGCUGCCGGCUAUGCCUCUGCCGAUGAAGCUGCUGCUCAUAAUUCUGGCAGGCAUCGCGAGCGUGAGCGUAAGCGAGGAGUUCCAUGGACGGAAGAAGAGCACAAACUGUUCUUGCUAGGAUUGCAGAAAGUUGGGAAAGGUGAUUGGAGAGGGAUCUCAAGGAACUACGUGAAAACUCGGACGCCUACACAGGUUGCGAGCCAUGCUCAGAAGUACUUUCUCCGGCGAAGCAACCUCAAUCGCCGACGCCGCAGAUCCAGCCUUUUCGAUAUCACCACCGACACGGUCUCUGCAAUCCCAGUGGAAGAACAGAUCCAGCAUCAAGAUUACGUGUCUCAUUCAAAUCCUGUGUGUCCUGCAACCCCAGAAACUAACUACGUAAAUGGAUUUCCGAUGAUGCCGAUGUAUCCGAUGGGUGUUUCUGGAAUGAUUUCAGUCCCAAUUUCGAAUUCAAUAGAAAAACUUACUCCAGGGCAAGGAACGGUGGAAGGAAAUGGGCAACCCCAGCUACUUCGAUCAAUUACUGUUCUUUCAGAUCCUAAAGCUUCUGAGGCGUCCAAUAUCACAUCGACUUCGAGUUCAGCUGUGGAUCCACCAACGUUGUCUCUCGGGUUAUCCUUAUCUUCUGAUCAAAGACAAACUUCAUCAAGGCAUUCAUCUAUACUUACUAUGCCGUGUUUCAACAAUGGAGAUAACAUCAUAAGUGUUGCUUGAUAGCUGAAGAUUAAGAAAGACUGUAUGUGGUUCAUAGCUAAAGUAACUUGGGUUCAAGUUCACAGUGAUGUUUAUCUAAUCUCCUGUCUCUUUUGGUGGUGAAAACAGUAAAAUUUCAAAGGGAAGGAUGGUGGGAAGGCAACUAUAUAUGUGACUGGAGUUGAUCCUUUGGUUUGUUGUACAGACCCUGGAAAGGUCCUGUUCUGUCAUUGUUGUAUUAAUGUAUUCUAAUGCUUAUGACCUUAGAUUCUUGUUUAUUUAGUCGUUUAUGUCUGUAGUUUGAUGCAGCUGGUUGAAAAUAACGAGGACUGCAUGUUCAUUACUGAUAGUAGAAUUGGAUGUGGACUACACAUUUUAGUA